AUGCCGUUUACAUCACCAGCAAAUCAUCAAGCAGUUCUCCAGUUGCGGUAUAAUGAACUUCUUGAAAAACGUGUCGCACAGCUGGAAUCUGCUAUCGAGACUUCCGCUAGGCCUUCUUCGCAGAUAUCUGAAGAGAGCAACAAUAAAAAGGUUCCGCCAACAACUGAUCCACGAAAACCUCGAGAAGUUGAGGAAGAGACAUCCAAUGGACGCCUGAAACAAACGGACUCUUCCAAAAUCCCAGAUGAGGCAAAACAAGGCGAUGGAGAUGCUGCAAAGGCGUCAAAGUCCCGCUACCGCAAUGUUGUGAGACAAUUCAACAAGGACACUGGGGUCCAUGAGGACAUAGAUGUCGGUGGACUGGACCCAAAAAGGGAUGACGACGGAGAAGUAGCAUUUGUCUUUCGAAAAACUUUGCCCAAUGACUUUAGAAAGAAUGAAACGUAUAGCGAGAUUGACGUCGAAGCCCCAGGACUACGGGCCUUGCUAAGAGAUUGCGUCGGUGCCGAUUACCCAGGCCAAAACUUGGAUGGCGAUACUGUAAAUCUGGUAACACCAUUCGCACCUUUGAUUCACAAUUGGGAAGUCCUUCAAGAAGCGACUAAAUUGCGAACGGAUGAUGACGAAAGAACAAUCCAGGCACGUCAAGACCUUGAAAAGCUUCUCGAGUGCGUGACAACCGCACCAGAACUGGAGAAAUACUUCAAAACGCGGGAAUCCAACCUCAAGGCUCACAUAACAACGUACGAAACAAUGUGGACGAUCUUUCCUCCUAAGACAAAGAUAGUAGCAAAGCUUUUUUUGACCCAGGUACAACUUCUUGAAGUAAGAUCGGCCCCCAUUCCGCACAGGUAUCCCAUGCCCCCAAGCAUGAAACUCCUCGCCUGGUGUUGGGAUUGGAAUGGCAAGGAAAUGGUCAAAGUGUAUUUUUUCCUCAGCAUCGACCGCUUUUGGGGAACAAAAGACAUCAACCAGCUCUUCUGCUACCCUUUACAGUACCACAAAGAUGAGAGUCCAGAUGAUCUUUGUAGAAUGCUUCGAGAGCGAGGUUCACUGUACAACAAGAUUGUUCGAAGCAAGCCUGGCGCAACACAGAUGUACCUUUACAAUGGUGUUGCUUUGGCCGAAAGACGCAACGUGAUUAAGCCGAAGAGAGACACGAUCCGAAUGUCAAACAAGGAUAAUGACGACUCAUCAGACGACGAAGACGUGAGCAGCGUCAGAGCGCAGACUCGUCGUCGCAAGAUCGUGCCUGUAGGUGUUUCGCAAAAGGCAGUUACUACGAGCGCUAAGGCAUCUACAGGUGAAAGGAGGUUUGAAUCUCAACUACUCGGAGAAAACGAACCGGUCUGGACUGGCGAUUUAGACAGCGUCACAAGUGAUACCGUUAACCCGGAAGAGACCAGCAAGAAAGAUCCGAGUGAAGACCAGUCGCUGUUAUAUCCUCCACGAGUUCUAGGGUAUUCUACCGAGGAGAAGAUCUGGGGCCAAUUCGCUAUUUAUCAGACCCAAAGCGCGCCUCAGAAAAAUGCUUCACUGUUCCAAGAUGAUCUUGAAUUGGACCAGAACUACAAGAACAUGAUUCAAGCUCUUGUAGAGGAGCACGGAGAGCGAGUAGACAGCAAGGAUCCCAACACCUCGUCAGUGAAGGUCAAAGACGUCGUUGAAAACAAAGGGAAAGGCCUCGUACUCCUCUUACAUGGCCCUCCAGGAGUAGGAAAAACGCUCACCGCCGAGACAAUCGCUAAAGCGACAGGAAAGCCACUAUUUGUGGUCAGUGUAGCCGAGAUUGGCCUCGAUGCGUCCAAGGCCGAGCGAAAUCUUGAUCAGAUGUUUUAUUUGGCAGGAAAGUGGGAGGCUGUACUUCUCGUAGACGAAGCCGAUGUCUUCCUCGAGGCGCGGACAACCGGUUCAGACCCAAACAGAAAUGCCCUCGUGUCUGUCCUUCUCCGCGUGCUAGAGUACUAUGAUGGCAUUAUGAUACUCACGACUAACCGCAUCACCUCCCUCGACAUCGCCGUGCAGUCGCGUAUUCAUCUUGCCAUCCGCUACGACGACCUGACGCGCCAGCAAAAGCAGAAUAUCUUCCAACUGUUCCUCAAGCAACUCAAGCCUGAUAGCAUCAGCGAUUUCGAGUCUAUCAUGGAAUAUAUCAAAGAGUAUGGAAGCGAUUACAAGCUGAAUGGGCGCCAGAUCCGCAACGUGGUGAGCUCGGCGCUGUCACUAGCUCGAAGCCAAGCUAAAGGCAAUGGUGGUGAUGAGCGCAUGACGGUCAAGCAUUUGAAGAGUGUUUUGAUGAUCACCAAGGAUUUCCAGGAGCAGUUGGAGUCUAUUACCAUGGAUCAGAGGUCAGCCAAUGAAGCUACGCGGCCGAGAAAGUAA